GCGCUUGAUAUUGGAUAUUGCCCCAUACCCAUGUAAUACUGACACCAAGCAGGGAGGUUAAUUCCUCGAGCUAUAGAUGUAGCUGUAGAUGUAGAUGCUGGGGCGGCAUGCAAGAUGAGUAGUUAGAGGCAGGGGAGUUGAGGCUUGUCUGUUCUUGGUGUUGUUGAUCAUUCGUCACCGUCACCCCUCCUCUUCACUCUGCUCGUCCUCCCUCGAGAAGAUAAAGAGAGCUGGCCUCCCUUCCCUACCAAAACAUGAAACCUUCAGAUCUUCCUAGUACUCAAAAACAAUCUGAGGACACUGGGCAACCUCUCCGUUUGAGUGAGGAAACACCCACUUACACCCCCUUGCGUCAUAUCAUCCUCAACACUACUAGUUACCAUCAUCAUCACGACCACCAACAAUCCAAGCGUGAUGCUUUCGCUCCAGGAGCAUAUAGAAAGGGAGUCCGCGCGCUGGAGGGCAUCACGGGGACAUGUCUCAUACGAUGCAAAAUCCAUCGCAUCAUCGGCUGCCACCACCACCGUCGACUCCGUUUUCUCUUCACAACUGCACUCUAAAUACAGGACACACACGCUCUCACGACGCUCGUCGACCUCAAGCUUCGCAACCGAGAUCGAUCCUGAGCCAGCGCAGCAGCCAUUUGUCAUACCGCGAGACUUCAAUGGUGCGCCCAUUACUGUGUACGCCUCGCUCGAGGCAGCGGUAGCACAGAGUACGCAGUCGUUAUUGCAGAGCCAAGCCCAGGGUAACGGCCAGGGCGAGGGCGGGGGCGGGGAGUCGGGAGGAGGCGAGCAGCCCAGACGCCUCGUAACGCCCGGAAAGCUCUACGAGAACGAGGAGGAGGAUGACGAGAUCAUCUACGACUGAAAAGUGUCUCACCACCUCCCUGCUACCGGCCUCCAAUCCCGGUAGCUGGACAUAUAUCAGCGAUAAAUCGACCGAUCUCACUGUUCAGAAUCAGCCGUAAUGGUGGUUAGGAGGAUCAUGCAAGGCAUGGAUGCAUUGCUGCAUGCUAUAUAUGUAAGCUCUCCAGCUUAGCAGGCGCAUCCGAGCAGGUGUCGGGUAUACACCUCCCAUACUAGGCAUGGGGCAAGGGUGAGAGAGGGAGGGGAAGAGGAUGGGGAAGAGGAUGAGG